CACCGCACCCUCAUAAUCAAUGAGCUACUGACAUGAUAGUUGUGAUGUAGGUGUGGGAACUUGGAAGAGACCGGGCUUUGCCCUCCGUCAAAAAGUAAAACUCCUGCUUGGCCCUGAAUAUUGAAUGCUAGUAUGGCCUCAUCUCGUAGAAAUCAACAACUUUCACAAUGUUCACCUCCCGCUUCAUCACCUUUGCGCUACCCAGCUUCCUCGUUGGCGCCAACGCGAAAACAUGUGCAACGUGCCCAAAAACACUGAAUGUCAACGGUACUGACGUGAGGCUCUCCUACGACUACGAAUACUCCGGCACUUCGGGAUUGGUUUGCAUCUACAAGGAUAAUGGCAAGGAAUCGAUCUGCGCGUAUAGGUACAACGGCGAUUUGGACAGCGGAUCUGCGUCGUCGUGUCCCAAGGAGUCAAAGAAGAUUGGGGAUGGGUGUUAACGUUCAACGCGAACAUGGUGAAAUUAAGGGGGGUCGAGACGACCAACAGGAGGAGCAAUGUUUGUCUGCAGACAGCUCGGCGUAGGCCAGUAGAUCAUCAUCUGUUACCUUCAUUACCAAGUGCUGUAGUUUUGAUAUAUCAAC